CCUCUUCUCCCUCCAGCUGAUCCAGUUGUCUCCUCUUCUCCUGAAUGACCCCACAAUAUGGACAGGAAUGAGAUGACUAAGAGAAUAUUACACUUCACCUUGGAAAUCCUCCACCUGCUGACCAGAGAGGAUUACACUAUAGUGAAGAAGACAUGGAGGGAGUGUAUGUCCCCCAGCAGCCAUCUCCAUGAGUCAGGAGGACGGAGCAGGGCCCGGGGCCCCAUCACGGAGCCUCCACCUCUCUCACUGAUACAUGAGAAGAAGAUCCUGGAACUCAUCCACAGGAUCACUGAGCUGCUGACUAGAGAGGUUCCUAUAAGGUGUCAGGAUGUGGCGGUCUAUUUCUCCAUGGAGGAGUGGGAGUAUGUAGAAGGACACAAGGAUCUGUACCAGGACAUAGUCAUGAUGGAGGAUCACCGGCCCCUCGCAUCACAAGAUGGAGUCAUGGAAAGAAAUCCACCCGAGACGUGUCCCCGUCCUCUGUAUUCCCAGGACUGUCCAGAAGGAAAUGUCUCAGAGAAGCAUCAGCCUGAAAAUCCAGUUGAUAUUAAAGUUGAGGCUAUAGAUGAAGCGGAGGAGACAGGUGUCAUGGCCAAUCAGCAUUGUGUGGUCAUGGAUGAAAAUCCACCCGAGAGGUGUCCCCGCCCUCUGUAUUCCAAGGACUGUCCAGAGGGAAAUGUCUCAGAGAAGCAUCAGGAUGAAGAUCUGAUGAAUAUUAAGGUUGAGGUUAAAGAUGAACCAGAAGAGGAGACGGAUUUGGGGGCCGAUCAGCAGUAUGGAGUCAUUGAUAGAAAUCCACCCGAGAGGUGUCCCCGCCCUCUGUAUUCCCAGGACUGUCCAGAGGGAAAUGUCCCAGAGAAGCAUCAGGGGGGAGAUCUGACUAAUAAUAAAGUGGAGGAUGAAGAAGAGAGGAUGAGGGGCCAUCACCCGUGUAUGAGGGAAGUGAAGGAGGAAAUUCCAGGAGGUGUUACCCCAGAGCAUCCAAGGAAGAAACGUGAGGGAAACGUCAUGUUAUCUGUGAGUGAUAAAGAAGAAGAUGGAGAGAUCAUGGAGCGCUCCUCAGGAGAAGAUGGAGAGAUCAUGGAGCGCUCCUCUGGAGAAGAUGGAGAGAUCAUGGAGCGCUCCUCAGGAGAAGAUCUCCUUACCCCUAAUGUCCAUCCAGAUCUAUCACAUAAUAAUCCCCCUGAUCAUGGGGAACCUUCCCACCAACCACACAUUGUUACCACAAGGACAGAGAAGAAAAGGAUUCAAUGCGAUGAAUGUGGGAAAUGGUUUACAAAAAGAUCAAAUCUUGUUAGGCACAGAAAAAGUCACAGAGAAGAGAAGCCAAAUUCAUGUUGUGAAUGUGGGAAAUGCUUUUCAAGUAAAUCACAGCUUGUUAAACAUAAGAGAAUUCACACUGGGGAGAUGCCAUAUUCAUGUUCAGAAUGUGGGAAAUGCUUUAGAUGGAAAUCUCAUCUUGUUAGACAUGAGAGAAGUCACAUAGGGGAGAAACCAUAUUCAUGUUCAGAAUGUGAGAAAUGUUUUAUAAAUAAACCACAACUUUCAAGACAUGAGAGAACUCACACAGAGGAGAAGCCAUUUUCAUGUUCAGAAUGUGGUAAAUGCUUUAGAUGGAAAUCUCAUCUUGUUACGCAUGAGAGAAGUCACACAGGAGUAAAGCCAUAUUCAUGUUCAGUAUGUGGGAAAUGUUUUAUAAGUAAAUAUAAUCUUUUUGCACAUGAUAAGAUUCACACAGGGGAGAAACUAUAUUCAUGUUCAGAAUGUGGGAUAUGCUUUUUAAGUAAACUACAACUUGUUAAACAUGAGAAGAGAAUUCACACAGGAGAGAAGCCAUUUUCAUGUUCAGAAUGUGGGAAAUGCUUUAGAUGGAAAUCUCAUCUUGUUACGCAUGAGAGAAGUCACACAGGAGUAAAGCCAUAUUCAUGUUCAGAAUGUGGGAAAUGCUUUAUUCAGAAAGUACAACUUCUUACACAUGAGAGAAGUCACACCGGAGAGAAGCCGUAUUCAUGUUUAGAAUGUGGGAAAUGUUUUACAAGUAAAUAUCGUCUUGUUGCACAUGAGAAGAUUCACACAGGGGAGAAGCCAUAUUCAUGUUCAGAAUGUGGGAAAUCCUUUUUUAGUAAACCAAAACUUGUUCAGCAUGAGAAGAGAAUUCACACAGGAGAGAAGCCAUAUUCAUGUUCAGAAUGUGAGAAGUGUUUUUUACGUAAAUCAGAUCUUGUUACCCAUGAGAGAAUUCACACAGGAGUAAAGCCAUAUUCAUGUUCAAAGUGUGGGGAAUGUUUUAUAAGUAAAUCACGUCUUGUUAAACAUGAGAAAAGUCACACAGGAAAGACACCGUAUUCAUGUUCAGAAUGUGGAAAAUAUUUUACAACUAAAUGGGUACUUGGUAAACAUGUAAGAAUUCACACAAGGUAGAAGCCAUAUUCAUGCUAUGAAUGUGGAAAAUGCUUUUCACAAAUUUCUGAGCUUAUUAUACAUAGGAGACGUCACACAGGAGAGAAGCCAUAUUCAUGCUCGGAAUGUGGGGAAUGUUUUAUAACUAAAACACAACUUUCAGGACAUGAGAGAACUCACACAGGGGAGAAGCCAUAUUCAUGCUCGGAAUGUGGAAAAUGAUUUUAUACAUGAGAGAAGUCAUACAGGAGAGAAGCCAUUUUCAAUAAUUAUAUUUCGUAUAUUCAGGGUUAAAACAUUAUUUCCCUUAAUGUUAUAAAUACACCAUUUUCUCUGUAGGACCCCCGCCCCCCCAGACAGAGAUAAAGAGUGGAUGUUGUCUCCACCAGAAUAGUCCCCAUAGUCACCCCAAAAGCUGUUGUAUUGUAGUUCCCCUAUAAGCUGUUGUAUUGGAGGAGUCCCCCUAUAAGCUGUUGUAUUGGAGGAGUCCCCCUAUAAGCUGUUGUAUUGGAGGAGUCCCCCUAUAAGCUGUUGUAUUGUAGUCACCCUAUAAGCUGUUGUAUUGGAGGAGUCCCCCUAUAAGUUGUUGUAUUGGAGGAGUCAUCCUAUAAGCGGUUGUAUUGGAGGAGUCCCCCUAUAAGCUGUUGUAUUGUAGUCCCCCUAUAAGCGGUUGUAUUGGAGGAGUCAUCCUAUAAGUGGUUGUAUUGGAGGAGUCCCCCUAUAAGCUGUUGUAUUGGAGGAGUCACCCUAUAAGCUGUUGUAUUGGAGGAGUCCCCCUAUAAGCUGUUGUAUUGUAGUCCCCCUAUAAGCGGUUGUAUUGGAGGAGUCCCCCUAUAAGCUGUUGUAUUGUAGUCCCCCUAUAAGCGGUUGUAUUGUAGUCCCCCUAUAAGCUGUUGUAUUGUAGUCACCCUAUAAGCUGUUGUAUUGGAGGAGUCCCCCUAUAAGCUGUUGUAUUGGAGGAGUCACCCUAUAAGCUGUUGUAUUGGAGGAGUCCCCCUAUAAGCUGUUGUAUUGUAGUCACCCUAUAAGCUGUUGUAUUGUAGUCCCCCUAUAAGCGGUUGUAUUGGAGGAGUCCCCCUAUAAGCUGUUGUAUUGGAGGAGUCCCCCUAUAAGCUGUUGUAUUGUAGUCCCCCUAUAAGCUGUUGUAUUGGAGGAGUCACCCUAUAAGCUGUUGUAUUGGAGGAGUCCCCCUAUAAGCUGUUGUAUUGGAGGAGUCCCCCUAUAAGCUGUUGUAUUGGAGGAGUCCCCCUAUAAGCUGUUGUAUUGUAGUCCCCCUAUAAGCGGUUGUAUUGUAGUCCCCCUAUAAGCUGUUGUAUUGGAGGAGUCCCCCUAUAAGCUGUUGUAUUGGAGGAGUCACCCUAUAAGCUGUUGUAUUGGAGGAGUCACCCUAUAAGCUGUUGUAUUGGAGGAGUCCCCCUAUAAGCUGUUGUAUUGUAGUCCCCCUAUAAGCGGUUGUAUUGUAGUCCCCCUAUAAGCGGUUGUAUUGGAGGAGUCCCCCUAUAAGCUGUUGUAUUGUAGUCCCCCUAUAAGCGGUUGUAUUGUAGUCCCCCUAUAAGCGGUUGUAUUGGAGGAGUCCCCCUAUAAGCUGUUGUAUUGUAGUCCCCCUAUAAGCUGUUGUGUUGGAGGAGUCCCCCUAUAAGCGGUUGUAUUGUAGUCCCCCUAUAAGCUGUUGUAUUGGAGGAGUCAUCCUAUAAGCGGUUGUAUUGGAGGAGUCCCCCUAUAAGCUGUUGUAUUAGAGGAGUCCCCCCUAUAAGCUGUUGUAUUGGCUGAGUCCCCCUGUAAGCUGUUGUAUAGGAGGAGUCCUCCUAUAAGCGGUUGUAUUGGAGGAGUCCCCCUAUGAGCGGUUGUAUUGGAGGAGUCCCCCUAUAAGCGGUUGUGUUGGAGGAGUCACCCUAUAAGCAGUUGUAUUGGAGGAGUCCCCCUAUGAGCGGUUGUAUUGGAGGAGUCCCCCUAUAAGCUGUUGUAUUGGAGGAGUCCCCCUAUAAGCUGUUGUGUUGGAGGAGUCACCCUAUAAGCAGUUGUAUUGGAGGAGUCCCCCUAUGAGCGGUUGUAUUGGAGGAGUCCCCCUAUAAGCUUUUGUGUUGGAGGAGUCACCCUAUAAGCUUUUGUGUUGGAGGAGUCCCCCUAUAAGCUGUUGUAUUGUAGUCACCCUAUAAGCUGUUGUAUAGGAGGAGUCCCCCUAUAAGCUGUUGUAUAGGAGGAGUCCCCCUAUAAGCGGUUGUAUUGGAGGAGUCCCCCUAUAAGCUUUUGUAUUGUAGUCCCCCUAUAAGCUGUUGUAUUGGAGGAGUCCCCCUAUAAGCUGUUGUAUUGGAGGAGUCACCCUAUAAGCGGUUGUAUUGGAGGAGUCACCCUAUAAGCGGUUGUAUUGGAGGAGUCACCCUAUAAGCUGUUGUAUUGGAGGAGUCCCCCUAUAAGCUGUUGUAUUGGAGGAGUCACCCUAUAAGCUGUUGUAUUGGAGGAGUCAUCCUAUAAGCGGUUGUAUUGGAGGAGUCCCCCUAUAAGCUUUUGUAUUGUAGUCCCCCUAUAAGCUGUUGUAUUGGAGGAGUCACCCUAUAAGCUGUUGUGUUGGAGAAGUCCCCCUAUAAGCUGUUGUAUUGUAGUCACCCUAUAAGCUGUUGUAUUGGAGGAGUCACCCUAUAAGCUGUUGUAUUGGAGGAGUCCCCCUAUAAGCUGUUGUAUUGUAGUCACCCUAUAAGCUGUUGUAUUGGAGGAGUCCCCCUAUAAGCUGUUGUAUUGUAGUCCCCCUAUAAGCGGUUGUAUUGUAGUCCCCCUAUAAGCUGUUGUAUUGGAGGAGUCAUCCUAUAAGCGGUUGUAUUGGAGGAGUGCCCCUAUAAGCUGUUGUAUUGGAGGAGUCCCCCCUAUAAGCUGUUGUAUUGGCGGAGUCCCCCUGUAAGCUGUUGUAUAGGAGGAGUCCUCCUAUAAGCGGUUGUAUUGGAGGAGUCCCCCUAUGAGCGGUUGUAUUGGAGGAGUCCCCCUAUGAGCGGUUGUAUUGGAGGAGUCCCCCUAUAAGCUGUUGUGUUGGAGGAGUCCCCAUAUAAGCUGUUGUAUUGUAGUCCCCCUAUAAGCUGUUGUAUAGGAGGAGUCACCCUAUAAGCUGUUGUAUUGGAGGAGUCACCCUAUAAGCUGUUGUAUUGGAGGAGUCCCCCUAUAAGCUGUUGUAUUGUAGUCACCCUAUAAGCUGUUGUAUAGGAGGAGUCCCCCUAUAAGCUUUUGUGUUGGAGGAGUCACCCUAUAAGCUUUUGUGUUGGAGGAGUCCCCCUAUAAGCUGUUGUAUUGUAGUCACCCUAUAAGCUGUUGUAUAGGAGGAGUCCCCCUAUAAGCGGUUGUAUUGGAGGAGUCCCCCUAUAAGCUUUUGUAUUGUAGUCCCCCUAUAAGCUGUUGUAUUGGAGGAGUCACCCUAUAAGCUGUUGUGUUGGAGAAGUCCCCCUAUAAGCUGUUGUAUUGUAGUCACCCUAUAAGCUGUUGUAUUGGAGGAAUCCCCCUAUAAGCUGUUGUAUUGGAGGAGUCCCCCUAUAAGCUGUUGUAUUGUAGUCACCCUAUAAGCUGUUGUGUUGGAGGAGUCCCCCUAUAAGCUGUUGUGUUGGAGGAGUCACCCUAUAAGCUGUUGUAUAGGAGGAGUCCCCCUAUAAGCUGUUGUGUUGGAGGAGUCCCCCUAUAAGCGGUUGUAUUGUAGUCCCCCUAUAAGCGGUUGUGUUGGAGGAGUCCCCCUAUAAGCGGUUGUAUUGUAGUCACCCUAUAAGCUGUUCUGUCUUGUCCACCCUCCAGUGUAGAAUCAGAGAGUGUUUAGCGCAGCAGGCGGUGUCACCCCGAAGCGAACGAGAUUGUCAGUCAGCAACAUGGAAAAACGAAACAUUUACUAAAAUUGGUCCGGCAUGGAUCAGUGAGGACUUUAUACUCCUGUGCAAGAUGCCACUGAUUAGACACUACUACCACCGCUCCUGCUGUAUGCUGACUACUACCCCACCAACUCCGCAACCUCCUGCUUUCUGCUGGCUACUACAACAACCACUGUGAUGGGGCAUCCGCACCAAAGUAUUCUUUAUAAUUCUUCCGUAGUUUUUGAUGUAUUCUGAACGUAACUUAGGCCAUUUGUCUAUGUGUAAUGGAGGGGGCAGGGGGAUCUAUUGUCAUGGGUGGUCAGAAGAUCUGCAUAGGAGAUAAAGGACACAGGGAGAUGCCUGUAUUGAUCAAAGGAAUGGGACAUAUGUCAGGUGACCACCUUAUGUCUGGACAGGGGCUGGGUGCAGUGCUGUGCCCAGGUCUGGAGGGUUGGACUGAGGCAUGCUGGGAGGCUUUCUUCCACAUUGGUAUGAGAUGAGGUUGGUAAGUGGUGGAGGAGAGUUGUGUGACAUCCUAGAGACAGGACCUGAUGUUAAUACAGAGCCUGCUGGGACAUGUAGUACCCCAAUUGUUGUGGAGUCUUGUGUUGGAGUUGCUAACAACACCGCUCUGGAGAUUGUGCCCCAGAAUCUGGAGGACAGCUGGGAUAGAGGGGCCAUGGCUGAGGCCAGCCCUCUGGAACAAGGAAUCGUGUCUGUGUGUGGCCCCCUGUGAACUGAGGAGCGGAUGGGAGGACCGAACCCCAGGGGACAUGAGGAACCACAAAAAGACCCGGAGUUUUCUUGUGGAUUGUGGACAAUAUAUACGAGUGCGACCUGGAGCUGAAUCCUGGGAUCUGUGGUUUGUUCCUUCCCCUGUACCCCUAGCCAUGGACUGUACCCCUAGACGUGGAUUGUGUUUUGUGUGUGAUCUCUGACAAUAAAACCAGUUCUGUU